AUGGCUACAGCUAAUUUACAAGUAGGGGCAAGAUGCGAGAUUAAUGGAAGCUGGGGUGUCAUACGUUUUAUAGGAGUUACAAGCUUCUCUUCUGGCAAAUGGGUUGGUGUCGAGUUGGAUGAACCGAAUGGGAAGAACGACGGUUCAGUCAAGGGCAAAAAAUAUUUUGAAUGUAAAGAAAAACACGGAGUAUUCGUAAGGCCUUCACAAUUAAAAACAAUUGUCGGACCAAACAGUCCCACUCAAGAUCGUUCGAAAACCCCCCAAGGCGAUGCAACACAGUUUGCGCCUGCACACGAUCCGCAGGCGGCUACUGCGAGAUCACGUCUUCGAUCAUCUUCAAUAAUAUCUAAUAGCAGCAUACCUAGCAGAAUAAACACAGCAACAACGCCUAGAUCGUCUCGAGGGACGCCUUCCCCAACAGGCUCCAGGGCAAAUGCAGCUCAUGUUCGUACUCCAACUAGUCCUACAUUUGCAAAAAGACAACGGUUGCCAUCAGAAGUUAGUAAUAUUGAUAUGAAGAGGAUGAGCAUAAUGAGUUUGAGUGAGCUCGAUGACGGCGGUGAGGAUGAUACGGAUUUGAUGGAUGACACUGUUGACGAGGCUAAAGAAGACAUGGUUACAGAAGAGUUAUUACCAAAGGCUGAAGUUUACACAACUGCAACAGAAACAACAGCGAGCAGUUUGUCUGAUCCAUUUUCACUACAGGAGUCAUCUUACACGCGUGAGCAGAUGGUACCGCUCAAAGAUUAUGAAGAACUCCGAUUGAAACUCAAAAUACUGGAAAAUAAGAGGGCAGAGGAUCGUGAGAAAAUGCGAGAAACCGAGAAGAUGAAGCAAGAAGCUGAACAAUUUCUCAGUGUAAAACCGAAACUUCAAGUCAAGUUGGCUGACAUGCAGGCAGAGAUGCGUGAUUUGAGGAGGCAGCUUAAAGAAGCUAUUUCAGAGAAAGAGCUUUUCGAGGCUAGGUAUAAUGAGGUCUCUGAAAAUAUGGAGAUGAUGACACUAGAUAAGGAAGUGGCUGAAGAGAGAGUGGAGAAUUUGCAACAUGAAGUUAUCCAAUUAAAAGAAAAGAUUGAGGAGAUCAGCGUUGAUUUGAAUGUCUUUAAGCAAGAAGGCAGGCAGAAACUCUUUCAUCAAGGAGACGGAAGUGAUGCUCGACCAGCCGUUGAAGUUCGUCAGCUUGAACGGCAGAACGCACGAUUAAAGGAGGCUCUUGUCAGACUACGUGAUGUAACAAGUGAACAAGAGGCCGAAUUGCAAAAGAAGCUAAAGGCUGCAGAAAAAGAGCUUACCUCAUUACAGGACAUACAAGUGCAAUGUGAUCAGUUAAAACAACAGCUGAGAACUGCUGAUAGUCAUAUUGAAGACUUAAAAUUGCAACUGGAUGAUGCACUCGGGGCCGAAGAUAUGGUUGAGAGGCUCACUGAGAAGAAUCUGGCCAUGGGAGAGAAACUUGAAGAGAUGAAGGCAACCAUAGAAGAUCUCGAGGCUCUCAAGGAACUUGCUGAUGAGCUCGAAGAAAGUCAUAUUGAGAACGAGAAACAACUGCAAGCAGAGAUUGAUCAUAAGGAUAUACAAAUUCGUGAUUUCGUGAAACGCCUUGAGGUCGCAGACGAGACAAAUGCAGACUAUGAAAAUACUAUCAAUCAAUUCCGUGAGCUUGUAGCGAAUCUUCAAAGUGACCUUGAACAAAUGCGGCAACGAGAAGCGAGCCAUUCCUCAGAGUCGAACGAUUUUAGCAGCCGGUCACAAGCCAUGCUUAACUUGAACUAUCAGUUGCAAUCAACUGUGAUGAAGGCGCAAGCUAAACAAAUUGAUUUGGAGUUACGUAAGCUUGAUGCUACCCAAGCUUCAGACAAUUUAGCAUACGUUCAAGCAUAUCUUCCUGACUCUUUCUUCACGAAUGAUAACGAUUCUAUAAGAUGCCUUCUGUUGAUGAAGCGUCUUGUGUUCAAAUCCGAUCUAAUAAUUAAGCAGCUCGAUCAAAUCCACAAUAUCCCUGAGAAGUUGAACUCCACCGUGCCCGAAGAACUCAUUUCCGUCUGUGAGAUGAGACAAAAACUUGCUUGGUUUGCGGACUUGAGUAAACGAUUUGUGUCGUUUAUAAAUUGUUGUAACGUUGAGACUUUCCUGAAAAUGGGUCAAGUAUAUCAGGAUCUCGUUGGAACAGAGCGUAGGUUUGUACCUGAAGAAUUGAAGGAAAACGACUACAUCGGUGAUGUACAGAAAUCUAUUGUUCAGUUAGAGCAUCUCGCAGAGCUUUACCUAUCUAGUACGAGAGUGGACGAAGGUGACAAAUUCUAUGGCUUUGCUAGGGCCAUCGAUUUGAAUGCAGAUACUAUUUCUGUAACACUUGGUCAUGUAAAGCAAGCGGUUGCACUUGCUUGUAAAGAUGAAGAGAUUACUGUCACGGAUGGAAGCGAACUAUUUAACAGUGACUUCUUCCAGCCUGUGCAAAGCCUAUUCUCUCAAGCGAAAAGUAGUAAGGUAGUCGCGAGGAAAUUAUUACGACGCUUAGAUGACUUGAGUGGGCAAGAUUUUACUUUAAAGCUGGACCUACUUUCGCAGUUUAAGAGCUGUUACUUGUUGAGUGUCAAAAUUGCCAAUUUUUGGCAGGAGGUACGGAAAGGCAUUUCCAUAUAUAUAAAUGAAAGGAAAGGCUCAAAGGAAGUCUUACAACUCAGUGGCUUGCACCACGUCGUCUACAAAGCGACAGAAGAUAUUCUCGGCGUGAACGAAAUGCAGAUAUGGGAAGGCUGUGCAAAAAUGAUACAGGAGUUAUUCCAAGACGUGGGUAAUCUUAACAAUGCUGCUAGUGACAAUGAUCGAACCGAACCAAUCAGCAAAGGCGAAUCACCGUGGGUUAUAAGAGCCAAGAACAUCAAGGCGGAAGUCGCAGUGAAUGUGGAUAUGGAGCGUAAACUUCAGCAAGCUGCAGAGGAAAUUCGUGAACUUUUCAAAGAACUAAAAUUAAAAGAUCAAAGUUUACAGGAGAACCAGAUUAAGAUAGAUCUUCUCGAGAAACGGAUGGAGACUGCUAAGAAACAGGCUGAUUUAAUCGCUGAACUGGAAGAACAGCUUACCGAAACGCGGAAGCAACAGAACGUUUUCGAAAAGACUAUGGAGAAUCUUCAUGCGGAUAUUGAUUCUCUGGAACAAGAAAAUAGGCAGUUCAAAAGCCUUGCGAAGACUUUGGAGGAGACUGGACGUCAAAGCUCGCCUGUCAAUCAAACCUUUGCUAUUCCGGACGACGAAGAAAUUGAAGAAACGACAAUGCCUUCCGACAUCAAUCCAAUUGAGACUCAACGUCUUGCAAGUCAGAUCGAAUCUCUCAAGUUUGCUGUUCGUUAUUUGCGGGCAGAGAACGCUCAUCUGAAAGGAAAAGAUGCGAUGACGGUAUUGAAUCUACACCUUCUUCCUAACAAAUCAAAGGACGCGCGCAGCGACGAUUUAUUUAAAUCCAUGGCUACAGAAGCAAAAACAUUACUCAAGGAUUUUCGUGCUGCUAGCGCAUCCCCACGUAUUAUUGAUUUGAGCAAGACGACAACAGCUCAUAAAGGGUGGCAACCUAGAAAAAACAUGCCAGAAUAUCAUUUCCAUGCCCAACAGUCAACCAUGUAUACUUUGCAAAAACGUAGCAAUGAAUUGAAAUCAAAAAUGCAACAAUUAGGGAAACUGAAAAAGACUAAGACAUCGAAGGGUCAUAUUGGGUUCGAGCCCCCAUUUGUCGGUCGUAUCCAAGUUCCACUUCCCGAAUCUUCCAUUCCCACUGAAAUGGCUAUCUCAAGAGGCACUCUCCGACACGAUAUUAAGUUGCGGAAUGCGGCUGAUUAUGAAAAAAUACAUACGAUUUUUGUAAACUAA